UGGCAAAGUUUUUCAUUCAUGACACAAAAUGUUUCUGGUAUCGAACAAAACUCAACGAUCUAUCUGUCUUCCUUAUUUAAUUUUGUUCUUCUGUUUUUUUUUGAAAAUGAAAUGAUUUCGAGGUGAAGUGUGCGUUUCGUUUUUUUUGACAUAGAGAAAUAGCACGCGCGUCUCUCUUAUUAAAAUUUGAAAAAAAAAAUCUAAAAAAAAAAAUAGCCGCGAAGUGUGUUUCGAAAUCUCCUUUUGACGGGAAUCAAAAGCAAGACCGCAAAGCGCCAAAAACUCCUAUUUUCUUAUUAUUUUUUUUUUCUUGAACGAAAUGAAUCACGAUUUUUGCGACAUAAAACAAAGAAACAAAAAAAAUUUAUCGAAUUUUCUAAUGUUACGGGGAUCUAAUGUGAUGGAUAAACAAUAUUGAUUUCUUUUUAAAAAGUGUUUAUGAAUUUUCGCAAAAUGAUUACUACAUCGAAUAAACAACCAUCUGAAGCAACAAUAAACCAGCAACAACAGCAACAACAAGAUAAUCAGUCACAUUAUUUUGCCCUGCGAUCUCAAUCUCAAGGAUCAGAAUCAAGAUCACAGUCAGGAUCGUCGUCGAGGAGAGACAGUAAUUUGAAGGAAUUUCGUGAAUUUCUCAGACGAGUGCGUACUUUACAAAUGUCUGCCACCAGUAGUGGUGGUGGUGGACAAAUUAACGGUAGUGGUAGUGAAUCCUAUUCAGCAGAACAUAAGUAUUCUACAAAUUUGUCACAAUCGAUCGGCGUAGAUAACAACAAUAAUAGCAACAACCAGGCUGGUGGUGUCAUUCAUGAUCGUUUGACAGCUGAUUCGUCUGUGAAGGCAGAUUUGCAAAAUGUUGAAGUUGGAAUCGAUCCUACGCUUUUUAUGGAAAAUAAUGUUGAAUAUAAAAUGGAUAUUGAACCGUCUUCACCAAAUGUAGGCCGAGUCACCAAUACUUGGCAACAACUGGACGAACAACAGAAACAGCAGCAACAACAUCAACAACAAGAACAACAACAAAUGACAAAUAUUCGAGUAACUGUUGGAAUUGAUAAGGACUUGGAGAUGAUCUUGGAAAUGGACCCAAGCAUUGUUGAUUUGGGUGAUGUACCUGUUAUUGAACAACCGAGAGUAAUUGGCUUACCACCGUUGAUAGGAGGGCCAACAUUUAAAACUGCAACGCCAACAUCACGAACGCAACUUAAACUUCAACUGCAACGUGAACAACAACAGCAAGAAAUUGAACGGCGUGAAGCCGAAAAACGCUCCAUUGCAAUCCAGCAUCAGAGUGGCGGCACAUUGACGUCAUCAUCGUCGUCAUCAUCAUCAACGGCAAUGAUUAUGGACACCUCACAAAUUCAGCCAUCAGCAAUCAUACGCCAGCAAUUGCAUUCAACGCAGCAUCAUCAUCAACAAUCAGCUCAUAUGCAACCAAUGGUACAAACAACAUAUCACAGUACUUUGUCACCAUUGCAUCAUCAGCACAACCAAUUGGGUCGUGACAGUAUUAAUACCACGGCUGCACUCAAAGUUCCACUUCAGAGUAUUGGAGUGGAUGUACCGCCGCAAGUUUUACAAGUCCGAACAGUAUUGGAAAAUCCAACCCGUUAUCAUGUCAUUCAAAAGCAAAAAAGUCAAGUUCGUCAAUUUCUUAGUGAAUCGUUCAAACAAUCUGGUGAAUGGGACGAACAAAUAUUUCGCCAGAAUGGAAAAAAUCCUUUGGACUCUACAUCCGCAUCGAACAAUAAUUCUCGUCCCGUUGGUAGCGGCGGCAUUUCAACAUUUCACAAUGAACAAAAUCAUCGCCAGGAUAAUAAUUGUUCACCAAUGAUUACAACAACAACAACAACAAUUCGCGACAAUGACACCAAUGUCAUGCAGUCAUCGCCGUUUAGCGUUGGAAAUUUUUCAGCAGCUUCCACUUCAAUUGGUGAUGCCAAUUCGAUUAGCAAUAAAGGAUUUAGUGGAAGCAGUGGAUUUCAUAAUAAUUCCAGUAAUCUGUUAGCAUUGAGCAAUAAUAGUGGCAAUAAUAAUAUGAGUUCGUCGAAAAUAUUAGGUAGCCAAUGUAAAUCGGCUUGCAGUAGUAAUACUGAUACAAAUAAUCGCGGCGGUAUAAAUAAUUUCGGUCGCAGUGGCGGCGGUGGUGGCGGGACAAGCGGUGCAAGUCAUUUUUCGAGUAAUAUGACAAAUGCAAGUCCGGGUGCAUCGGCGGGUGGUAUGUCACCUAGUUUGAGUUCAGUGGCUACCAGUAAUUCUGAGGCGGAUGACAUUUUCUUGGACGAUAUAUUACAAUACGACUCGAGUGCUUUGCAUGAUUCUUUUAAAUUUGAUAGUAAUUAUUCGUCUGAUUUAUCAAUUAAACAAGAACCACAAUCAUUAACCGAUGCGGAGAUGCAUGCAUUGGCUAAAGACCGACAAAAGAAAGAUAAUCACAACAUGAUCGAAAGACGGCGCCGAUUUAAUAUAAAUGAUCGAAUAAAAGAGCUAGGAACACUCUUGCCAAAAACAAAUGAUCCAUAUUAUGAAGUUGUACGUGAUAUACGACCAAAUAAGGGCACAAUACUUAAAUCAUCAGUUGAUUAUAUCAAAUGUUUGAAACAUGAAGUUAAUCGCUUAAAACAAAACGAAUACCGUCAAAGACAAAUGGAGGUUCAAAAUCGACGUUUAAUUAAUAGAAUUAAGGAACUUGAAUUGCAAGCUAAAUCACAUGGUCUACCUCUGUCGGAAUUCAACUUAACAUCAGUUUCUGCACCAACACCUACAUCGUAUCUCAAAUGCUCAAGUCCCACAUCACAUAGUCACCAUGCGACACCGCUGAUAGCUGAUAUUGUAGAUAAGAUACCCGAUGUUGUUUCCGAGGGUAAUCUAAGCAUAAGUCAGAUGGAAGAACUUAUGGAAGAUAAGCAUCCUGUUCAAGGUAGUGAUCCAAUGCUUUCACACCAUCUGCUCUCGUCGCCCCACUCGCCAACAUUGCAACGUUCGAUGUCGAAUGGUAGCAGUGUCUACGCAAAUGGAAAUGGCAGUAGCUGUCUAAGUGACAGCAGCACAUGCUUAAGCACAACACACAACAGUAUACUUCAAAAUGAUGACUUAUAUCAUCCGACCAAUCAUCGUCAUCAUCAUGACCAGCAUAGCAACAAUAACAAUAAUAAUAAUAAUCUUAAUAAUAACAACAAUAACAAUCAUCAGCAUUAUAAUCAAAAUAAUACCAAUAACGGUUGUGUUUCGGAUUGUCCUGGCAGUGACAUAUCACCACAUUCUCAUCAUCACCACAAUCACCCCUCCCCAUCGUCCUUACAACAUCACGGAUGCGAUCCUUUGCUCUCAUCCUCACAUCAGCAAUCAGUUGAUCUCAGUUGUAUCAGUGAUUCGAUAUUAUCAUCAACACAUCAUAAUUUAUUAUCACCCACGCAUCGAUCAAAUAUGGAUUCGAUUUUAUCCUCACCGGAUACGGAUUCUUUGGUAAGUGAUAUUGAUAUGGUAGCAUGAUAAUUACUGCAACGGCCGUUUGAUGGAUGGAUACAAAAAAAAAAACAAAUAA